AUGUGGCUCGAAGAGUCUGAGUCUGUGAAACCUGGGAGAGAAACCUCCACAGAAGAGUCUGAGUCUGUGAAACCUGGGAGAGAAACCUCCACAGAAGAGUCUGAGUCUGUGAAACCUGGGAGAGAAACCUCCACAGAAGAGUUUGAGUCUGUGAAACCUGGGAGAGAAACCUCCACAGAAGAGUUUGAGUCUGUGAAACCUGGGAGAGAAACCUCCACAGAAGAGUCUGAGUCUGUGAAACCUGGGAGAGAAACCUCCACAGAAGAGUCUGAGUCUGUGAAACCUGGGAGAGAAACCUCCACAGAAGAGUCUGAGUCUGAGAAACCUGGGAGAGAAACCUCCACAGAAGAGUUUGAGUCUGAGAAACCUGGGAGAGAAACCUCCACAGAAGAGUUUGAGUCUGAGAAACCUGGGAGAGAAACCUCCACAGAAGAGUCUGAGUCUGUGAAACCUGGGAGAGAAACCUCCACAGAAGAGUCUGAGUCUGUGAAACCUGGGAGAGAAACCUCCACAGAAGAGUCUGAGUCUGUGAAACCUGGGAGAGAAACCUCCACAGAAGAGUCUGAGUCUGUGAAACCUGGGAGAGAAACCUCCACAGAAGAGUCUGAGUCUGUGAAACCUGGGAGAGAAACCUCCACAGAAGAGUCUGAGUCUGUGAAACCUGGGAGAGAAACCUCCACAGAAGAGUCUGAGUCUGAGAAACCUGGGAGAGAAACCUCCACAGAAGAGUCUGAGUCUGAGAAACCUGGGAGAGAAACCUCCACAGAAGAGUUUGAGUCUGUGAAACCUGGGAGAGAAACCUCCACAGAAGAGUUUGAGUCUGUGAAACCUGGGAGAGAAACCUCCACAGAAGAGUCUGAGUCUGUGAAACCUGGGAGAGAAACCUCCACAGAAGAGUCUGAGUCUGUGAAACCUGGGAGAGAAACCUCCACAGAAGAGUCUGAGUCUGUGAAACCUGGGAGAGAAACCUCCACAGAAGAGUCUGAGUCUGAGAAAUCUGGGAGAGAAACCUCCACAGAAGAGUCUGAGUCUGUGAAACCUGGGAGAGAAACCUCCACAGAAGAGUCUGAGUCUGAGAAACCUGGGAGAGAAACCUCCACAGAAGAGUUUGAGUCUGAGAAACCUGGGAGAGAAACCUCCACAGAAGAGUCUGAGUCUGAGAAACCUGGGAGAGAAACCUCCACAGAAGAGUUUGAGUCUGAGAAACCUGGGAGAGAAACCUCCACAGAAGAGUCUGAGUCUGUGAAACCUGGGAGAGAAACCUCCACAGAAGAGUUUGAGUCUGUGAAACCUGGGAGAGAAACCUCCACAGAAGAGUUUGAGUCUGUGAAACCUGGGAGAGAAACCUCCACAGAAGAGUCUGAGUCUGUGAAACCUGGGAGAGAAACCUCCACAGAAGAGUCUGAGUCUGUGAAACCUGGGAGAGAAACCUCCACAGAAGAGUCUGAGUCUGAGAAACCUGGGAGAGAAACCUCCACAGAAGAGUUUGAGUCUGAGAAACCUGGGAGAGAAACCUCCACAGAAGAGUUUGAGUCUGAGAAACCUGGGAGAGAAACCUCCACAGAAGAGUCUGAGUCUGUGAAACCUGGGAGAGAAACCUCCACAGAAGAGUCUGAGUCUGUGAAACCUGGGAGAGAAACCUCCACAGAAGAGUCUGAGUCUGUGAAACCUGGGAGAGAAACCUCCACAGAAGAGUCUGAGUCUGUGAAACCUGGGAGAGAAACCUCCACAGAAGAGUCUGAGUCUGUGAAACCUGGGAGAGAAACCUCCACAGAAGAGUCUGAGUCUGUGAAACCUGGGAGAGAAACCUCCACAGAAGAGUCUGAGUCUGAGAAACCUGGGAGAGAAACCUCCACAGAAGAGUCUGAGUCUGAGAAACCUGGGAGAGAAACCUCCACAGAAGAGUUUGAGUCUGUGAAACCUGGGAGAGAAACCUCCACAGAAGAGUUUGAGUCUGUGAAACCUGGGAGAGAAACCUCCACAGAAGAGUCUGAGUCUGUGAAACCUGGGAGAGAAACCUCCACAGAAGAGUCUGAGUCUGUGAAACCUGGGAGAGAAACCUCCACAGAAGAGUCUGAGUCUGUGAAACCUGGGAGAGAAACCUCCACAGAAGAGUCUGAGUCUGAGAAACCUGGGAGAGAAACCUCCACAGAAGAGUCUGAGUCUGUGAAACCUGGGAGAGAAACCUCCACAGAAGAGUCUGAGUCUGAGAAACCUGGGAGAGAAACCUCCACAGAAGAGUUUGAGUCUGAGAAACCUGGGAGAGAAACCUCCACAGAAGAGUCUGAGUCUGAGAAACCUGGGAGAGAAACCUCCACAGAAGAGUUUGAGUCUGAGAAACCUGGGAGAGAAACCUCCACAGAAGAGUCUGAGUCUGUGAAAUCUGGGAGAGAAACCUCCACAGAAGAGUUUGAGUCUGUGAAACCUGGGAGAGAAACCUCCACAGAAGAGUCUGAGUCUGUGAAACCUGGGAGAGAAACCUCCACAGAAGAGUUUGAGUCUGAGAAACCUGGGAGAGAAACCUCCACAGAAGAGUCUGAGUCUGUGAAACCUGGGAGAGAAACCUCCACAGAAGAGUUUGAGUCUGAGAAACCUGGGAGAGAAACCUCCACAGAAGAGUCUGAGUCUGUGAAACCUGGGAGAGAAACCUCCACAGAAGAGUUUGAGUCUGUGAAACCUGGGAGAGAAACCUCCAGAGAAGAGUCUGAGUCUGUGAAACCUGGGAGAGAAACCUCCACAGAAGAGUUUGAGUCUGUGAAACCUGGGAGAGAAACCUCCACAGAAGAGUCUGAGUCUGAGAAACCUGGGAGAGAAACCUCCACAGAAGAGUUUGAGUCUGUGAAACCUGGGAGAGAAACCUCCACAGAAGAGUCUGAGUCUGAGAAACCUGGGAGAGAAACCUCCACAGAAGAACGUUAUGUUCCGUCGGGUUUGUUUCACGGGAAAAGUGAAUGGGCCGAGUUCAAGAACAGAAAACGCUGCGAGGAGGUUCUGCUGAUCUGCACAAUGACUCGUGCAGGUCUCUGUGUGAGGGACGGACUCGUGCUGGUCUCUGUGUGA